AGUUAGUCGCUGGUUAACUGUCUACCUUCUAGGAAGGAAUUACAAAUCCCGCUUGGCCGUAGAAACGCGUGGUCAAGUUAGGGACGGCCACGUCCGCGAAAGAAGAAAACGUAAAGGAGAGCAUAGUUUGCAAGUGUAUAGCAGCCGCCGGGUUCGUUCCGGAAGCCAAGUGCGUGAAUCACAUUCGGUGUUCGCCGUUGUGUGAAUGCUGAGUGCGUUGGGAAUUUUCAGCCUUUUUCCAAUUUUAUCUAACGUGACUAGCCCGUCGCGCAGAUCGCGAAGCAAAAUCGUAACCAUUCGCUGUAUACGCAGCGCCAAUAGUAGCAGCAGGAGCAACAGCAGCAGCACCACUAACCGCGAAAAGCUGAGGACGGUGACGACGCCGCACCACGGGACGGGACUUUUCGUUCUCAAGUGCACAGAAAAAUUCGUUAAGGUGGCUCCGCAGGCCGUACAACGACCCUCCGUCAGUACAGUAAGGUUUCACUUUCCGCCGGUGCUAAUAGUCGCGAAUUCUUUGCCGCCCGAUAUCGAACACUACUCGUCUUGCCGAAACACUAGGGUACAAUUUUCGCCACAAGGUGUGCAUCAACAACAACAACAACAGCAGCAGAAGCAAAACAGUUUCAACGUUUUCAACAGUCAGCAGCAUCUCUCUGUUCGAAAUGCAGAAUAUGCUUCAGAAGUCCAACUGCAACAGCAGCAGCAGCAGCGCCGACAAACCCAGUUGCACUACCAUCAGCAACAGUUGCAGCAGCACCAGCAGUUUGGAACCGACUCGUCAGCAGCGCUCAUUAGUGGUUUCGGCUUAACCAAAAGCGCCAACGUCGAUCUCCCACCGUACUUGGAAGAUCAGCAACAGCACGAGCAGCUCAACAGUUGUCGCAUCGAUUGCGGCGGUAUCGUUAGCAAUAACCAUCAGCACCAUUUGCAUAGUCACAUUCAUAGCAAUCAUCGAAUCGGUAGUGGUAGUGGUAAUAGUGUCGGUAGUGUUCAGUGUUGUUCGCAAGAGUUAAAUUUUAAUCACCAUCAUCUUCACCAUCAUCAGUACCAUCAGCAACAGCAACAGCAGCAGCAGCAUCAACAGCAAUCGCAAAACCACCAACAGCAGCACGACACUGAAAGUGAUGAGGAUGAAAUCGCUUUGUAUCCUCUCAAUAAUCAGGUCGGCGGUCAUACGCGACUGUUACUGCUGAACCAGAGUACUGUCAUCAAACCAUUGAAUCUUCGAGAACUAGAGUUCUACCAAAACAUUCCCAGCGACAUUCAGCAGUUCGUUCCAAAGUAUAGAGGUGUCAUGCAAGCCACCACCAUGGGCGGUACCAAGCUGGAGAAGCGCUACUCGCCGAGCUUCCGGGACGAUCCGGGUCGCAAAACGGCCGCCUCGAAGCGCAAACGCGAGGAAGUACUACGGAUGAAAAUACAUAAGAAUGGCAUACCUUCAGAAGUGUUAAAAAGUAUUUCACAGAUUGACAACUCCAACAAACAAUAUUUCCUUAUGCUGGAAAACAUCACGUCCUGCUACCGUCAGCCGUGCAUUCUGGAUCUGAAGAUGGGUACCCGUCAGCACGGGGACGACGCUUCGGCGGAGAAACGCAGCAAGCAGAUGGCCAAAUGUGCCGCCAGUACGUCGGCCUCGCUUGGUGUUCGCCUGUGCGGUAUGCAGGUCUACCAGGCCGACAUCGACCACUACAUGAAAAAGGACAAGUACUGGGGCCGGGAACUGAACGAGGACGGCUUCAAGGGAGCGCUGCACAACUUUUUCCACAACGGGUUCCGAUUACGCGUCAAGGUGAUCGCCAAGGUGCUCGACAAGCUGGAACAGAUGCGGCGCGUUAUCGAGAAGCAGUCCAGCUAUCGGUUCUACUCGUGUUCCCUACUCAUCGUCUACGAAGGCUACGAAGAAUCGCCUGCAACGCCGGCCAGCAGUAGUUUCCCAUCCGAUCCGGAUUAUCACAUACUGGAAACCGAGUCCACCAAUUCCUACUGCUACGAUGCGGACGCUUCGAAUAGUUCGAUCGAACAGUUCAACAUGUCCUCAUCGCACGACGACCCACUGGAUGUGACGUCAUCAAGCUCCGUUCACCAUCGGCUCAACGCUUCGAUGGCUACGGUGGCCACGGCUGCUGCCGCAGCCAAAGCGGCCUCGUCCGUUUCCACGGCAUCAGCAACGUCCAGCGGAGCUUCUAGCGGAGGCAGUAGCUCCUCGGUCAGCGGCAACGCCGGUAAGGGCAAGGUUCCUUUCGUUCCGAUAUCCGAGGAAACGGUAUAUCCCGGAGCCUGUGACGUGACAAUGAACGUUCCAAUGGGAACCACCCAAAAUGUGACCAGUUCCAGUCCACAUUCGAUGGACUCGUGGAUGAACUACAGUAGCAAUAGCAGCAGCGAUGAUUACGCAUCGGCCUUCGUGGUGCCGACCCAUGUACAAAACACAGAAGCCGACGCGAGUUCGGACUUCGAUGGGGGAUUCAGCGGACGAGUCGUUCCGUCGAAUCGAAAGCUAAGUGGCGUGGAGGUCCUGGAAAGGGAACGUUCCUCGUCACUUACGACUUCGCUCCCACCCAAUGUAACAACUGCGAUAUCGACGGUUGCUACAAUGGCGUCAUCGUCCAGUUCGCAGUGUGUUAACAGUAUUAGUAUUAGCAAUACCAAUAACAAUAGUAGCAGUAGUUGCGGUAAGGCUCACGAUCAAUCCGAUGCUGGAUAUCACGAGGACGAAGAAGUAGAUGAUCUCGAUGACGACGAAGAAGGAGCCGUAGACGAUGAUGAUGAUGAGGACGACGAAGGGCACCUGCUUCAGGAAACGACCGUCAGUUCAAAGCGACACCGUGGCAAGGAGUCCACUGGCAGCCGAGUAGCAUCCAAGGUGCAACACACUCUCCGACGAAAACUUAGCUCUAAGUCCAAGUCCACUUCGAUCAGUGGAAAUAGCGCUGGUUCGGCUACCCUCGGACUGGCAGAUGUGCGAAUGAUCGACUUUGCACAUACCACAUUCGAAAUCAAGAACGGAACGUCCAUGUGCAAUACAAACACUAAAGUGCAUCAUGGACCAGACAGCGGGUUCCUCCGAGGUCUCGACAGCCUGAAGCGCAUCCUGACAGAAAUCUGCGAAGAGCACUGAGUGAGAGUGUGCAAAACCGAUCUCCUGUACUAUAACCAUUGGUUCUUCCUUCUUGUAUUUAAGUGCAUACCUACUACAUAGGAUACCUAGAAAAAUAGCACGUGCCGCGACGGUGCACGUGUGUCCUUAGUCUCUCUCUCUAUCUGUUUCAAUACCCGAACUUUGAGUAGCAGCUGUAUGUACGGCUCUUCCAGUAGGACUAUGGAUCCGGAGCGGAGCGGACCGGCGGCAGCGUCAGUUGCAGCGCAACGUCCCCCUUUCGGUAAAAGUGUGUUUUGUCGAAACGAGGAAACACCCGUUUUUGUGAAAUAUUGUGAUACUAAAGCAUUUUUUCAUCCAAGUACAUAUAUAAAGUAUAUAUUUAAUACGAGAGGAAAACAAAGAAAACUUAAAAUUAUAACGGAAAAA